AUGGCCUGUGGUGGUUUCAGGAACUUUUCUAAAAGUCCCUGCCUGAGGGCUCUUUGCUGUGCCUGUAGUCAGGGCACGAGCAGCUGGUGUGUGGAAGCCAGGCAGACCCGUUUUGCAAGUGUGCGCCUUCCUGUCACCUGUGUGUUGGACAUCCCUGGGGAGACAGCUGAGAAGACCUAGAGGAGCAAAGAACUGAAGCUGGGYGGGACUGGAGUAGAAAAAUCAGAGAGGAGGAACUUAGUCAUAAAAAUUACAAUCAUACCAAGGUAAUCAUCAGCAUUAUUGGGAGUGGCCUCACAAACUGGGAACAGGCAGCAGGAGAGCUUCAGGAAAAGACGACCUCAGGGCAAGGGAAGUAGUGUCAUUCAGGAGGAGAGGGUUGGAGAUCUGCGUGUUUGUGAUUGACCAUGGCAGGGGAUAUGAAAAGAUUCACACGAAUGCUGCUGGAGUGCAAUAGUAAUGACAAGCUGUGUGUUGUACGUGAAUAUCAAACUGAAGUGAUUGUUGUCCCAGCUCUCCUUGUGGGACUUUUUGUCAUUGUGCUCACUGUGAUCCUUUGGCUCCACUGUCGAGGCCUGCGAGCAAAGCAGGAGCAAUCAGCACCAUCUGGAACCCAAGUGAAGAAAAAGAAUCAGCAGGAACCUUACUCAACACAGAAUCGUUACAUCCAGCUGAGUGAGACAUCUGUGGAGAGCCUGCUAAAUUCUGCAUCCUUGACUCUGAAAGAAUUAGAAAUACCACGAGAGAAACUCUUACCAGGCACCUUGCAGCUGAUAAAAUACGGUGCCUAUGGGGGUGUCUACAGAGCACAGUUGGAAACUGGGAACUCUGGGAAGACUACRACUGUGGUAUUGAAAGCCUUACAAGAUGUGGCUAGUCCCCAGAAAGUAAAGGAUUUCCUGGAAAGGAUUAGAUUCCAUCAAAAUCUUGGCCAYCAUGAGAACCUGGUUGAAUUGGUUGGAUGUUGUGUAGACCAGCUCCCACUUUAUAUGGUUAUGGAAGAUGUAUCACUUGGUGACCUGUUGACAUUUCUGUGGACAUGUCGGAAGGACGUGAUGGCGAUGGAUGGUGUCCCCUAUGACCUCACUGAGAGACAGGUAUAUGAGGUUGGACAGCAGGUUGCAUCAGCUCUGGCUUACCUUGAAGAAAAGAAGUUGUUCCAUGGUGACAUUGCUGCCCGGAAUGUCCUUCUUCAUCACAACUUCACUGCCAAGCUGUGUGGUUUGGGCCUGGUCUAUGAAAGUCACACACGUGGUGCCAGCUCAGUCACAYGGAAAGUGCCAGUCAAGUGGCAGGCACCAGAGAGGCUCCUGAGCAAACCCCCUACCAUUGAGGCAGACAUAUGGUCUUUUGGAAUUCUACUGUAUGAAAUGAUUACAUUAGGUGCUCCACCAUAUCCUGAGGUGCCACCUUCUGACAUCUUAUCAUACCUGCAGAAACAGAACAUUAUGAAGCAGCCCUCGAGCUGCCAGGAAGCCAUGUACUGCAUCAUGAAGUCCUGUUGGCAGUGGAGUGCAGCUCACCGGCCUUCUCCAGCACAGCUCCUGUGCUCCCUAAGGACAGCUGUGAAGGCCAGCAAUGGGCACACAGUGCUGCAGGUGCCUGAGCCAGUGGUGCCUGAGCUCUAUGCUGAUAUUGCUGGUGUUGAAGUGCACAGCCUAGUGAGGGAAUACACGAUCCUCUGAAGGGCCCUUUCAUGUUUUGCUAAAGGAGAAAGAARUCUCAGAGUUUUCCCUUUCUGAAUAUUUUGCAAGCCCAGAAUGAGGUAUGCUUGUUGAAAGGGUUGUUGAAAGGGUUCCCUUUGUUCUUCAGACAUCUAUAAAAUCUCUCCUCCAUGCCAGACAAACAAACUGUUAUCAUUAUUGUUAAAUCAACCUGUUGGUAUUCAUUCUGCCAGUGGUCAUWUCAGAGUAAAGUGUGUUUAGGAAGCUGUAGAAAAUGUAAUGAGAAACUCGAGUUAAAGGCGUGUAUUAGGUUUGUGUGGCAAGGUUUUGGUGAUGGGGUGGACUACAGGGCUGACUUUUGUAAGAAGAUGCCAGAAACUUCCCCCAACUCCAUGAUGGACAUGCUGCUGGCCAGGGCUGAGCCCUUCAGCAACACUGGUGGCAUUUCUGUGAUUACUUAUUUAAGAAAGGGUGAAAAAUACUGCACAACARGAGGUGAAAGAGAGGAGUGUGAAUGUGAAAGGAGCAGCUCUGCAGACACCCAGGAGAGGCAGAAGCUGCUCCAGGCUCCRGAGCUGAGAUUCCCCUGAGAUUCUGUGCCCCAUGGAGAGGCAGCUGAGCCCCUGCAGGCCCUGGAGGGGUGAGGGGGUGCAGAGAUCCACCAUAAGCCCUGGAAGAGCCCACACUGGAGCAGGGAAUGUCUGAAGAAAGGUGUGACUCCAAGGSAAGCUGUGCUGGAGCAGAGUCCUGGCAGAAUCUGUGGAGAAGAGUCCUCAUUGGAGAAGAACUGCACCCCAUGGAAAGGGACUCRUGCUUCAUGAGAAGCAACCCUUGGGAAGAACCCAUGUGGGAGAAAUUCCCGAAGGA